AGGGAAAGGAAGACAUUCUCUACAAUGGAAAUUCCUACAGAGUAAUUUCUGAUUUUCAAAAGGUUUUUCUUCUAUAAUCAUGGCAAAACCUUAUGAAUUUAACUGGCAGAAGCCAGUUCCCUCUUUUAUGCAAGAUGGAGCUGUGUUUGAUAGAUAUGAAGAGGAAUCUUUUGCCUUUGAAAGCAACUGUCUCUUCCAAGUGGAUGAAUUUGGCUUCUUUCUGAGCUGGAAAAGUGAAGGAAAGGAAGGACAGGUAUUAGAAUGCUCCCUGAUCAACAGUGUUCGUUUUGGAGCUGUACCAAAGGAUCCCAAAAUACUAACUGCACUUGAGGCUGUUGGAAAAUCAGAAAAUGAGUUGGAAGGACGGAUAGUGUGUGUUUGCAGUGGCACAGAUCUGGUGAACAUCAGCUUCACUUUCAUGGUAGCGGAAAACACAGAAAUAGCCAAGCAAUGGGUAGAAGGGCUUGGAUCCAUCAUACAUAACUUUAGAGCUAACAAUGUCAGUCCAAUGACAUGUCUCAAGAAACACUGGAUGAAGCUGGCCUUUCUAACAAACACAAAUGGGAAAAUUCCAGUUCGGAGCAUUACCAGAACCUUUGCAUCAGGUAAAACAGAAAAAGUGAUCUUUCAGGCACUUAAGGAAUUAGGUCUUCCCAGCGGAAAGAAUGAUGAAAUUGAGCCUGCAGCAUUUACUUAUGAGAAAUUUUAUGAGCUCACCCAAAAGAUAUGUCCCCGUACUGACAUAGAGGACCUCUUUAAGAAGAUCAAUGGAGACAAAACUGAUUAUUUAACGGUAGACCAAUUAGUGAGCUUUCUAAAUGAACAUCAACGAGAUCCUCGGCUCAAUGAAAUUUUAUUUCCCUUUUAUGACACAAAAAGAGCAAUGCAGAUAAUUGAGACAUAUGAGCCAGAUGAAGACUUGAAGAGUAAAGGUGUCAUAUCAAGUGAUGGGUUUUGCAGAUACUUGAUGUCAGAUGAAAAUGCCCCAGUUUUCCUAGACCGUUUGGAAUUAUAUCAAGAAAUGGACCAUCCUUUGGCUCAUUAUUUCAUCAGUUCCUCUCACAACACAUAUCUGACAGGCAGGCAGUUUGGUGGCAAGUCUUCGGUGGAGAUGUACAGACAAGUGCUUUUGGCUGGAUGCAGGUGUGUUGAGCUGGACUGUUGGGAUGGCAAAGGUGAAGACCAAGAACCAAUAAUAACGCAUGGAAAAGCAAUGUGUACAGAUAUUCUUUUCAAGGAUGUAAUUCAAGCCAUUAAGGAAACAGCAUUUGUUACAUCAGAGUAUCCUGUCAUUCUUUCAUUUGAAAAUCACUGCAGCAAAUAUCAACAGUACAAGAUGUCAAAAUACUGUGAAGAUCUUUUUGGGGAUCUCCUGUUGAAGCAGCCUCUAGAAACACAUCCACUUGAUCCAGGUAAAGCCUUACCUUCUCCUAAUGACCUCAAAAGAAAGAUUCUCAUAAAGAAUAAAAGGCUGAAACCUGAAGUAGAAAAAAAACAGCUUGAUGCUCUGAAAAAGAUGAUGGAGGCUGGGGAAACUGCUGCUCCUGUAAAUAUCCUAGAGGAUGAUAAUGAAGAAGAAAUAGAAAGUGCUGACCAGGAAGAAGAAGCUCAUCCAGAGUACAAAUUUGGAAGUGACCUUACCGUAGAUGAUUACAGUCAAAAAGAAUCUGUUGCCAUCAGUGUCAAAAAGGCUGUUGAAGAUUCUGAGCAAGAAAACAAUAAAAAGGGUUUAGUAACUGUUGAAGAUGAACAAGCGUGGAUGGCAUCUUACAAAUAUGUAGGUGCCACAACCAAUAUACAUCCAUAUUUAUCAACAAUGGUCAACUAUGCUCAACCUGUAAAAUUUCAAGGUUUCGAUGUAGCAGAAGAACGUAAUAUUCAUCAUAAUAUGUCCUCUUUCAAUGAAUCAGUUGGACUAGGGUAUUUGAAGACCCAUGCCAUUGAGUUUGUGAAUUAUAAUAAACGACAAAUGAGUCGGAUAUACCCAAAGGGAGGCCGAGUGGAUUCCAGUAAUUACAUGCCUCAAAUUUUCUGGAACGCUGGCUGCCAGAUGGUCUCACUGAACUAUCAGACCCCAGAUUUAGCAAUGCAGUUGAAUCAAGGAAAAUUUGAAUAUAAUGGAUCAUGUGGGUAUCUACUUAAACCAGAUUUCAUGCGACGACCAGAUCGAACGUUUGACCCUUUCUCUGAAACUCCUGUAGAUGGUGUAAUUGCUGCAACAUGUUCUGUACAGGUAAUAUCUGGUCAGUUCUUAUCAGACAAAAAAAUCGGUACGUAUGUAGAAGUGGAUAUGUAUGGUUUACCCACGGACACGAUACGUAAAGAAUUUCGAACACGCAUGGUGAUGAACAAUGGUCUGAACCCUGUUUACAAUGAAGAAUCAUUUGUAUUUCGAAAGGUUAUUCUCCCUGAUCUUGCUGUCCUGAGAAUAGCAGUGUAUGAUGACAAUAAUAAGUUGAUUGGUCAGAGGAUCCUGCCUCUGGAUGGUCUGCAAGCAGGUUACAGACACAUUUCCCUUCGGAAUGAGGGCAACAAACCACUCUCUCUUCCAACGGUUUUCUGCAACAUUGUGCUUAAAACAUAUGUGCCUGAUGGUUUUGGAGAUAUUGUGGAUGCUUUAUCAGAUCCAAAGAAAUUUUUGUCUAUCACAGAAAAAAGAGCAGACCAAAUGAGAGCUAUGGGUAUCGAAACUAGUGAUAUAGCUGAUGUACCAAAUGACACUUCAAAGAAUGAUAGAAAAGGAAAAGCCAAUAAUGCCAAAGCCAACGUAACGCCUCAGAGUAGCUCUGAACUUCGACCAAGUACCACCACAGGCUUUGGAUCUGGGACUGACGCUAAGAAAGGUAUAGACCUUAUUCCUCAAGUGAAGAUAGAAGAUUUAAAGCAAAUGAAGGCUUAUAUAAAGCAUUUAAAGAAACAGCAGAAAGAGCUGAAUGCCUUAAAGAAGAAACAUGCAAAGGAGCACAGCGCUAUGCAGAAGUUGCACUGCACGCAAAUUGACAAAAUAGUGGCACAAUAUGAUAAAGAAAAGGUAUCAUACGAGAAAAUGUUAGAGAAGGCAAUCAAGAAGAAGGGAGGAAGUAAUUGUCUUGAAUUGAAGAAAGAAACGGAAAUUAAAAUUCAGACACUAACAUCAGAUCACAAAUCUAAGGUCAAAGAGAUUGUGGCACAGCACACUAAAGAGUGGUCUGAGAUGAUCAAUACACACAGUGCCGAAGAGCAAGAAAUCCGUGAUUUACACUUGAACCAACAGUGUGAACUACUGAAGAAACUGCUGAUUAAUGCUCAUGAACAACAAACCCAGCAGCUAAAAUUUUCACAUGACAGGGAAAGCAAGGAAAUGCGUGCCAACCAGGCUAAAAUAUCUAUGGAGAACAGCAAAGCCAUAAGCCAAGACAAAUCUAUCAAAAAUAAAGCUGAAAGAGAGAGGCGAGUCAGAGAACUGAACAGCAGCAACACAAAAAAGUUCCUGGAAGAGAGAAAAAGGCUGGCAAUGAAGCAGUCAAAGGAAAUGGACCAGUUGAAAAAAGUUCAACUUGAGCAUUUAGAAGUCUUGGAGAAGCAGAAUGAGCAGCUUUUGAAAUCCUGUCAUGCAGUGUCUCAAACACAAGGCAAAGGAGAUGCAGCAGAUGGUGAAGCUGGAAGCAGAGAUGGAUCGCAGGCCAGCAACAGUGGUCUAAAGCCUCAACAAGCAAAUUGAAGUUGGAGAACACAGCAUCCUUAAAAUGAGAGCAAAAUUCAAAAUAACGUUGCUGAGGUUGAAAA